AUGACAGAAAGAAAUCCUGACUCUCACAAAUGGGCCAUAAUCUAUAGAAUCUCAGUUGGUAUAGCAAAAGGUUUGGAUCAUCUUCACACUGGGUUGGAGAAGCCCAUAAUUCAUGGCAAUCUCAAGUUGAAAAACGUACUUUUGGAUCGCCAUUACCAACCAUUCAUAUCAGAUUUCAGCCGACAUCUUCUGUUGAAUCCUACUGCUGGCCAAGAAAUGCUUGAACUUUCAGCAUCUCAAGGCUACAAAGCCCCUGAGCUGAUCAAAAUGAGGGAUGCAAAUGAAGAGACUGAUAUAUACAGCCUUGGGGUUAUCUUACUUGAAUUACUCACAGGGAAGGAACCAAUCAAUCAAAACCCAACAACACCUGAUGAGGAUUUUAGUUUGCCAGAUUUUAUGAGAAAUGCAGUCCUUGGACAUAGAAUCCAUGACUUGUUCCAUCCAGAUUUACUUCUCAAUAGCAGCAUUGACGACGAAGUCCCGGUUACUAAAGAGCAGAUUCUCAAGUUCUUUCAGCUUGCUAUGACAUGCUGUUCUCCUUCUCCAUCACUUAGACCAAACACCAAGCAAGUUCUAUGGAAGCUUGAAGAGAUUGGUAACUGA